UGGCAGAACACUGACAUUCAUGUCUUGCAGGAAAUCACGCACAGAAUGAGCAGUAUGGCUGGUGGCAUUGUCAUGCUGGAGGGUUAAUACAACUUUGAUCUUCUUUUGCAAAAUGAGUAAUGAUAUGACUUUAAAAAUGGCCAGAAGCAAGAUGCAUUACAAGAGAAGAAAACCUGGGUGGUUAACAGAAGUGUUUGAACUUCCUGAUCCAAAGACAAUGAAAGCAGGACAAUACUCCCUUACGUGGGCAAAAACCUAUUUGCAUACAGUGCCUUCGGAAAGUUUUCAGACCCCUUGACUUUUUCCACAUUUUGUUACGUUACAGCCAUAUUGUAACAUUUAUUAAAUUAAACAAUGUCCUUAGCAAUCUGCGUUCAAAAGUGCUACCCACACUGCAAGGAAAUAGGCCUGGACCUCGACAUUGCAUCCAAACCUGCAAAAAACAAAACUUAAAUUUCAGUUACUGGUAAUGGUGUAAAUAUUUACUAAUAGGAUGUAAAAAGGCUAAAGGAUAUGCGUCUUCUCUCUAUGAUAGCCUAGAAUACAUUUUUGAUCUUAAAGUGGAACUGACAGCGUUUUAGCAAUAUGUAAUCUUAGAUCUGUUCAUAUACAUCCCAGGAAGAUUAUAUAUAUAUAUUUUUACCGUUUUCAGACACGUGAUCACUUUUAGAUAUGGUCGUUUUUAUAAAUUCAUUGAAUGUUUGAGAAUGAAAUAUAGUAAGGCAUUUGUGAAAAUUCUAUAAGAAUAUAGUCAGAGGUGUCCACAUACUUUUGUGUAUGGGAUUUGUGUUAACGGUUAAAUCUUUAAAUAGUGGAUUUUGCAGAUUCCCUUGGCCUCCUGUUGGUUCACUUUUGUUCUUGCUGUGAAGACUGAUUUAUUUCUAGACGUAUUUUUUCUUCACCAUUAAACGACAUGUUCAUUGACUAGCCUAACUUUUCUACCUUUGAAAGCCUCUGUAGAUGAACCUCCUGAUCUUUUUUGAUGUAAAUAAGGUGAACAAGGAUAUUUUUUCUAAAUAAGAGUAGCCCUAGGCAUUGGUAAAAAAAUCCUAUGGAUAAUCUUUUUCUUUUUGCAAGUUUGUUUUUCAGCCAUUUUUGGAGUGACUUAUCAGUGGGCUAUUUCUAUUUCACAAAAAAAAAAAAAAAUGAGGAGAGAUUAAGAAAGACACUGCAUCAAGACUUGCUUUGCAGUUACCCAUACUUUUCUAUUCUAAGGUCAACUAUGAAGUGAAAGUAUUUUUAUUUUUAAGGACACUUUCAUUGACAUUCUCAGGUGUUCCUCUGACACCUGUGGCAUUACAAGGUAUGCAAGUAAAUGUGUGACUGAGAUGCACAUUGCAGCUUUUUCUACUGCUUGCCAUUCAAACUUUAAAACUUGCAAACCGGUCUAUCCGGGAUCCUUGAGACAUCGCUACCGCAUUGUUUUGAAACACCAUGGAAACACUAAGAAUGUACAGCAACUUUUUUUUAAUGUCUACUUGGCAUUUUCUUUGUUGGACUUUUUGUCACCUUUUUUAGACAAAUGAGUGGAUUGUCUUUGUUUAUAUUUUAAUGAAUAAAUAUCUACUUUUUUUGUCAUUUAGACACUUAUCCAAGUGCUUACAGGUUCGUGGAUGUUUUUGUGAUAUACAUUUUUCUGAGCAGAUGUUAGUUUCAGCCAUUUUUGGAGGCUGAUUUAUUUUAUUUUUUUCCUUUUUUUUCUUGGGAGGAUUAACACACGUUUUUGAAAGUCUUCAUACUUCUCCCAUUUGUGGACUGCUUAAAAGGAGUUUCUUUCUGGCAUACUUUGGAGUGUCUUUGGAACAAAGGGUGCUGCGUCUCUGUGUCAACCGGCUGAGCAUGCGCCCCAAAAGCAGAAUGGGCUUUCCGUCCUUUCUGCCAUGUUUGACAGAACUCUUCAGAAACUACCAUGGUGGUUUCCAGCUUCAGCCAGCCCAGGACUUUAAGAUAGACCGUCUGUCUGGCCUCUCUUAGGUCUCCUGCAACAAACACCACACCUUCCGCUCAUGAUCCCCUCACCGCUCAAAUGGCUCCUCGCCAAGUCCCCACACACCACCCUACGCCAACGCCAACCGAUCUACUCCCCACGUAGUGAGAAUGGUACGCCCCGGCUCUAUGAUUAGACCUCAUUGCUGUCGGAAGAUACCACUCCAGAGCGGGGGUGGUCGCCUGUGAGGAAUGGACACAGCGGGAGGGGCAAAAUGGACCAAUGGGAGUGCAGUGCUGAGAGGGGAGGUAGGAACACUCAACCCCUCCCCCUGAGCCCCCUCCGCAGGACUGAACCCUCUCGACAGGGAGGGAGAGGGGGGACUGGGACAGACAGGGAAGGGGAAACAAGUGAACAGAUAUUCGCCAGGACAGUCGCAGAAUGGUCACCAUGGAAACAUACCACCUGUACCAGUUCAGGACAUGAGAUCGCCACGUUGACCAUCUUUAAGACGAAACAGUCUCUGGGUAUCAGUAUCUCAGGUGGGAUGGAGAAUGAGAUGAUGUUUCCAGGAGGAGCUGCCUCUACCAGUGACGCUCUGAUGGCGAGGUAUGAGCUGGUUUCAGUGGACGGUGAGUCUCUGCAGCGUGUGACCCAUCCGCAUGCAGUGUUCAGCAACAAGGCCAAUGACCCAGUGGUGUUCGUCAAGAUUUUCAAGGGAACAGCUGACUUGCAUCAGAGGAAUCCACUGUCAGGCUUACACAAGUACUACACACAGUAUUUUUAUUGAACCUUUAUUUAACUAGGCAAGUCAGUUACAAUGACGGCCUACACCGGCCAAACCCGGAAGACGCUAGGCCAAUUGUGCGCCGCCCUAUGGGA